CUCAGACAUCUACUGAGUGGCGGGUGCUCGGUUGUGGGUGCAGCACGGCCGGUAGGCGGGCCAGAUCUCUCAAUGACACGGUGCUGCCCCCUGUCGGCCAUGCACUGCAUCGUGGGUGUGCCCCCCAUACUGGUGAGGAGAGGCCUCCUUGGAGGGGACUUGAUGACUAGGACCCUGUGCAGCCCAGGCGCGAGCCAGCCCAGAGAGAAGAGACCUGAGGAGGGGGCCGUCGGGCUGUACCAGCGCCUCUCAGCCCUGGGAAGAACCCUGGGACGCAGCCUUCGACAGCGAGCUUUCGCCACAGCCAAGACGUGGUGGGACAGAUAUGAAGAGUUUGUAGGACUCAGCGAGGUUCGCGAGGCCCAGGGAAAGGUAACCGAGGCAGAGAAGGUGUUCAUGGUGGCCCGCGGGCUUGUCCGCGAGGCUCAGGAGGACUUGGAAGUGCAGCAGGCCAAGCUGAAGGAGGUGAGGGACCGCUUGGACCGCACCUCCAGAGAGGAUAACCAGUACCUGGAACUGGCCACUCUGGAGCACAGGAUGCUGCAGGAGGAGAAGAGGCUACGCGCGGCCUAUGUGCGCGCCGAAGACUCUGAGCGAGAACAGUUCUCCCUCUUCUCUGCGGCUGUGCGGGAAAGUCACGAGAAGGAGCGCGCUCGGGCGGAGAGGACCAAAAACUGGUCCCUCAUCGGCUCGGUCCUGGGGGCCCUGAUUGGUGUGGCUGGCUCCACCUACGUGAAUCGUGUGCGGCUGCAGGAGCUGAAGGUCUUACUCCUGGAGGCGCAGAAGGGGCCCGUGAGCCUGCAGGAGGCCAUUCGAGAACAGGCAUCCAGCUACUCCCUCCAGCAGAGGGACCUCCACGACCUCAUGGCGGACCUGAGGAGCCUGGUACAAGCUGGGCCAGGGCAGAGCUCUGGGUCCCAGGCAGGCACUGCCCCCACCCGAGGCAGAGAUGCAGAUGUUCUCUCCGCUGCCCUGAAAGAGCAGCUCAGCCAUUCCAGGCAGGUCCGUUCCUGCCUAGAGGAUUUACGAGAACAGCUUCAUGGUCUGGAAAAGACUUUCAGCCAAACGGCUGGGGUGGUUCCUCUUGCAAAGGCUGCAGACAGGGCUCUGCCUAGCUCCUCGCUGGAGCAGGGGAACAUGAUCUUGGCACUGGCGGACAUGGAGCAGAGGCUAGAAGCCCAGGUCAACAGGAACACCAUCUACAGUACGCUGGUCACCUGUGUGACAAUCAUGGUCUCAAUGCCUAUGCUCUACGUGCUCUUCAGGGCCAGCUAGCCCCUGGACUCGAGUCUGGAGGGUCUGACGGGGUGGGUAUGGGUGUGGAUUUAGUAGAGAAUCCCAGCACUGAAGUGAGCCUAUGGAGACGCACGCGACCUCAGCCUGAGCCUGGGUUCGGUCUGUGUGGCUCACCAGCAGGCACACUUUGCUUUUUAGGCGAUGCUCAUUUAUAUUAAUUAUGAAAACUUUGUGCUAAUG